AUGACUGCAGGAUCAGACAACACUGGUUUUCUUUUAAACUUGUUCCCCAAAAUUAUGUCCUACAUUCCUGGUCCUCACCUAAACCUAUUUAAAAUUAUGGACAAAAUCAAACAAUUUAUUAAGGAUAUGGUGAAAACCCACCGAAAGACCAUGGAUAAGAACUGCCCUCGUGAUUUCAUAGACUGCUUCCUCAUGAAGAUGGAGGAGGAAAAAAGAAACCCAGACACUGAAUUUCUCGAGGAGAACCUAGAGGCGACAAUAUUAGACUUAUUCUUAGCUGGAACAGAGACUACAAGUUUGACACUGAGAUAUAGCUUUCUUAUACUCAUGAAAUAUCCUGAAAUACAAGAGAAGAUCUACAGAGAGAUUGAUAAUGUAAUCGGCAAAGAUCGCUGUCCAUUAAUGGAAGACAAGAGUAAAAUGCCGUACACAGAAGCUGUAAUGAAUGAGAUCCAGAGAUUUGCUGAUAUUGCUCCUUUAGGAGGGCCUCAUUCUCUCAGCAAGAACACAACCUUCAGAGGAUUUGACAUUCCAAAGGGAACCAUGGUGUUUCCAGUCCUGACCUCUGUCUUGAAAGACCCAAAACAAUUCAAGAACCCAAAUGAAUUUGACCCGAGACACUUUCUCAGUGAGAAUGGUUGCUUUAAGAAAAAUGAUGCAUUUAUGCCAUUUUCUUCAGGCAAACGUGUGUGUAUGGGAGAAGGCCUGGCUCGCAUGGAGUUUUUCCUCUUUUUAACCACAAUACUGCAAAAGUUUACCUUGGAGCCGACAAUAGACAGAAAGAAUCUGAACAUAAGACCUGAGCCCAACACCAACGCUUCAAGACCUCAUUCAUACCAGAUGAAGGUUGUCCCUCGUUUUUGAGUUGAAGAUGAACUUCGUUCAUAAAGGAAACCUAAAAGAUCUAGAAUUUACAAACAGAAGACAGCUCUAAAUAUUGAAGAUUAUCAAUUGCAAAAAAAAAGCAAUACAAAGACUAGUUUCCUAAAAAAUUCAUAUAUCCUAUUUUUAUUUUUAGCACGGGUGAUACCUGGA